GCGCGAAUACAACGGAAAUGUUAGAGAAGUGCCGAAAGAUGCGGGAUUUCACGUUUAUCCUUUCGUCUAUAAGGUUUCAAUUAAACAGAUAAAGUGAACGUUCAAAAAUAUCAUUUAACAAUAAUUGUACAUAUAAGUAAUAUUUUAAGAUAAACUACCGGGAGUAUUUCUCACUGUAAAAUAAAUGUUAGUAUGCUGGAAAUAUUGGAAUUUAAGGUUAAAAUUUCAGUAAAUAAUCCACCAGCGAUGUCCUAAAAGAAACUGUAUUAAACCAAAGUGAAUAAUAUUGUGUUCGCAUUGUUAAUCGACAAGUGUUUUAAAAAUGUAUAAAUAAUAUUUAAUCAAAAUGUCUAACAUUGAAUCAUGCAAAGAUCGUCAGGAUAACGAAUUGGAAGUUUUGAAAUCCAUAUUUGGUGAUGAGUUGCGCGAUUUAAGAAAAAAUAAGACUAAGAAAAAAUGGCAACCAUUAGAUAUUUUAAUAACAUUAACACCACAGAAAGGAAUGUCUGGACCAGCCGAAAUUUAUGCGCAAAUAGAUUUACAUAUAACAUGCGGAGAAAAGUAUCCUGACGUUGUACCAACCAUGGAAUUAAAAAAUAGCCAAGGUCUGUCAAAUCAGCAAGUAGAAAUUUUAUAUUCGGAACUUAAACGUCUAGCUUGUCAAUUGAGCGGCGAGGUUAUGAUAUUUGAACUUGCUCAACAUGUUCAAAAAUAUUUACAUGAACACAAUAAACCAAGUUAUAGCAGUUUUUAUGAAGAAAUGAUAAUUAGACAUGAAGAAAAGAAACAAUAUGAGAUGCAAGAAAAACAACUUAAAGAGAACAAAGAGAGACAGGUAUUACAAGAUGAGAUUCAAAAGCGACAGGACGCAUUGAAAGCUGAAAUGCGUAAUUUUGCUCGAAAAUAUUUUGAACCAGAUACAGCAGCUUCCCAAACAUUACCAUCAUCUCCACAAGAAAGAAUAAGGACAUAUUCAAGACGUAGAUGUACUAGUACAUCUGAAUGUUCAGAAGGUUCUCUAUGUGAACAUAGAGGCACAAAAUUACUCCAUUUUGAUAGUAGCAAAGGAGAAAGACAAAUACAUAGAGGAAAAUGUUUAGGACAUAACAAUAAAGGUUCUACCACGUAUGCUGGUUUAGAUAUGACAUCUGGUGAAUUAGUAGUGGUUACAGAAUGGACAUUAAAAUAUGGUACGCAUAAAGAGAAACAAGAGAAACGUGAUAUUACAGAUUUAUCGUAUGGUAUGAAACAAAUCAGUAGUCUUGAACAAGAACUCAAUCAUUUACACAAAUUGCAUCAUCCAAAUUUAGUGCAUUAUUUAAAUAUGAAAUAUGUACAAGAUAACAAUAAUAUAAUAAUAUACAUACUUCAAGAAUUCGUGGUUGGUACCUCAUGUGCAUUUUUUCUUAUGGAAAACAUUUCGAUUGAUAUAGACAUACUCAGGCAUUUGGCUACUGGCAUUCUCUCAGCAUUGCAGUACCUACAUGAGAAUAAUGUUGUACAUAGGGAUUUGCGAGAUACAAGUGUUUUUAUAGAUCAUAUUGGUGGAGUAAGACUAGCUGAUUAUUCUUUAGAUAAAAGAUUAGCAGAUAUAUAUCGUACUAGUUCCUUACCCAAAGUUGAACAUGAUUUGCCAACGAUUCAAGGCAGAGGUGGUAAAAAAGCAGAUAUUUAUCGAUUUGGUAUAUUGAUGCUUUCUUUACUCAAAGGAACAAUAGUAUCAGGAAAGGAUAUCGAUUUAACAAUAAUAUUACAGCCCCAUUUAAAAGACUUCAUUUCAAAAUGUCUCGCUAGUGAUGAAAGAAUGCGUUGGUCUGUUGAACAAUUGUUACAACAUAGUUUCAUUAAAACACCACUCGAUCAUGGUUUGUCUCGUCUUCAAUUAAAAAAUAAAGUUGAACAAAAAAAUGAUGAACCUGAGAAACCAGAUUCUGACAUUGAACUUCAUCUACCAACGUUGGGUGGACAAUCGCGUAUACGAAAUGAAUUUGAGAUAUUAAAAUGGCUUGGAAAGGGAGCUUAUGGAGAUGUUUUGAAAGUUAAAAAUAAAUUAGAUAGAGGUGUAUAUGCCAUUAAACGAAUUGAAUUAAAUCCUAAAAAACGUCAGUUAAAUCGUAAGAUUACACGCGAAGUUAAAUUACUUUCACGUGUUAAUCAUGAAAAUGUCGUUCGUUAUUAUAACUCAUGGAUUGAAAGUGGUACCAUAGAUGAAUCGUUAAGGCAUGAUGAUUCAAUACUAAGUUUGAAUACUUCUUCGAUAAAUAUAAGUGACGAUCAAGUGACCAAAUUAGAUACAGUUAAUCAUUUGGAAAGUGAGGAAAAGUCUGCACCAUCUACAAAGGAUAUUGAAUCGAGUAUAUCGUAUGGAUCUGUAGCAAGUGCAGCUAAUACAGCUGAUAGUGAAAAUAACAAUUCAGAUGAGUCCUCUGAAUCCGAUAGCGAUGAUGAUAGUUCAUUUGUAGUGAGAACAUUCCGUCGAAUAGAUUCUUCUUCAGAUAGUAUAGAAUUUAGAGAAGACAUUUCUCAAGCCAGUCCUGAUAAUUCCAAUGAUCAUGAAAAAUCUAAUGUCAAUACCCUUAAUACUUCUGGAGGAAAAGAAAUACAAUUUAUGUAUAUACAAAUGGAAUUUUGUGAGAAAAGUACAUUGAGAACUGCAAUUGAUAAUGGUUUAUAUGAAGAUCAAGAACGAGUGUGGAGAUUGUUCAGAGAAAUUGUUGAAGGUCUUGCACAUAUACAUCAACAGGGUAUGAUACACAGAGAUCUAAAACCUGUUAAUAUUUUUUUGGAUAGUAAUGACCAUGUUAAAAUUGGAGAUUUUGGUCUUGCUACGUCUAACAUAUUAUCAUCAUUAGCACAGACUGCAGAUAAUGAUAAAGAAACUGAUAGAUUAGACAAAGAUUCAUUUUAUGACGGAGAUGAAGUAAGAUCUUUAACAGGUGACGUAGGUACAGCUCUAUACGCAGCUCCAGAACUUUCUGGAAGAACCUCUAAACCUACUUACAAUCAAAAAGUAGAUAUUUAUAGUUUGGGAAUUAUACUUUUUGAAAUGUGUUAUAAACCUCUUACUACUGGAAUGGAGAGAGUAAAUGUAUUACUAAAUUUGAGAUCAAAAGAUAUUAUUUUACCUUCUGACCUAUCGGAAUCCAAUAUGCCUCAUCAAGUGCACCUUUUUCGUUGGUUAUUGAAUCAUGAUCCUAUUCAGCGACCAACAGCACAAGAAUUACUUUCGUCUGAAUAUUUACCACCACCACAAUUAGAAGAAACUGAACUUCAAGAAAUGGUGCGACACACCUUAUCUAAUACUCAAAGCAAAGCAUACAAGUACUUAGUUGCUUCUUGUUUUAUGCAAGAGGUAACAGCAGCUGAAGAUAUCACAUACGAUAUGAAUUUUACUGCUAGAGAAAUUACUAAUCUUAUUUCAUCAAAAAGACUGUAUGUACAAGAAAACGUUAAAGCUAAAGUUAUCGAAAUAUUUCAAAAACAUGGUGGCAUAUCUUUAAAUACUCCACUUUUAAUGCCAAAGUCCAGUCAGCAUAAUAAUUUUACCGAUGCUAGUGUACAACUAAUGACACAAACUGGAAGUAUCGUUUCCAUUCCACAUGACUUAAGAGCACCAUUUGCCAGAUAUGUUGUAUGGAAUAAAAUUCCUCAUCUUAGGAGAUAUGCAAUAGAACGUGUUUUUAGAGAAAAAAAGGUUCGUGGAUUUCAUCCGCGAGAAUUGUAUGAAUGUGCUUUUGAUAUUAUAAGUCCUAUGGAAAAUAAUUUAAUGGCGGAAGGUGAAUUAAUUUUUAUAGCUUGGGAAAUUUUUAAUGAAAUUCCACAUUUAAGAGAACGUAAUUUUACGAUACGUUUAAAUCAUACAUUAUUAUUACAAGCUGUAUUAAUGUAUUGCGGAAUAGAAAAUGAAAAAUAUCAAGAUGUUUAUUCGAUAUUAUGCGAUGCUCGUGAUGGAAAAUUUACAAAGUUUCAAGUACAAACGCAUUUCAUUACUUUAUGUCUUACCGAUCAAGCAAUAGAAACAAUAUUUAAUUUAUUUGAAACAGAAAGUUCUUUUUCGAAGAUUUCAAGUAUUUUAAAAACCAUAGCAAAAAGAAAAGGUGACGCUGCGCCUUUAGCAAAGGAAGCUUUACAUGACAUAGAAGAAGUUAUCGCCAAUAUAGAAGCUUUAGGUGUUAAGUGGCCAAUUAUAAUUGCUCCAUUGUUGGUUCAUCAUAAGAUUAAACAGUAUAGCGGUGUCAUAUAUCAAAUUACGUGUGAAUUGAAACAUAGACGAAAAGGUGGACAAGACGUUAUUGCUGCUGGUGGUCGUUACGAUAAGAUGUUAAUGUCAUUUAGACAAAUAUUAGAACGCACAGAAAUGACUAAUAAGGAAACUAAACAGUAUGGUGUUGGAAUCAGUAUAUCACUGGACAAAUUAGUUUGUGCAGUUGAAGAAAUGUCUGAAAGUAUUUAUAGAGAAAAUAAAUUUGGUAUUGAUGUAGCUAUCUAUUGUGACGGAUUUCCAAGAAGAGAAAAAGAAAUGAUUAAUGUACUUCGUGAAUUAUGGUCUAUAGGAAUAAGGACAACUAUAUUAGAUAUAAAUACUGUAGAAGAAGUAUUAGAAUAUUGUCAAGAACAUUCUAUCACGCAAAUAAUAUUAUUAAAGAAUAAUGAAAGAAAUUAUUUAAGAUUACAAACAUGGGAAAGGGAUAGAUUUCAAGAAAGAAAAAUUGGAAUUCAAGAAAUUGCUGAUUUUCUUCAACGACAGACUGAUAAUCCUUUACCAAUUUUAAAUAGAUCUGAAAGUAAAUCUAAUGCAACUGAUGUUAAUACAUCAUCAAAUAAUCCAACGAAUGCUAAUAUUAAUUUUAUCAUAUCAGAGAGAGAUAAACUUACUGGCAAUGGAAAGCGUAUUUAUAAAAAUACUAUAUUAGCUCAAAUGUCAUUUUAUUUACAAAGAAUAUCUCAUAAAGUUCCUAUUGAAAUUUUUGCCGUUUUCUUAGAUAUGACAGUAAUACGAACUAUAACCAGUUUUUUAGAAAUAGAUGAAGAGGAACAAGACUUUCAGAAAAGCAUUCUAAUCGUUAUAGAUAAACACCCUAGACAUAAGAAAUAUAUUCAAUUAAUUUGCGAAGAAAUGAGAGAAAUUCGCAAAGAAAAGGUACGACCAGUUGUAAUAUUGUACAGUCUUCAAGAGAAUCGUUAUAUGACUCUGAUAUGAAUAUUUGUAUAUAUAUAUAUAUAUAAAC